CAGAGCUACAAUAGCCGUGUUGCAUUACAAGGCACUGCUUUAGCAGCUUCAUCAGCCUAAUCGUCUCUUGUCUGAAGGUCUGCUUUUCUUUAAAAAUGCGCGAGUGCAUUUCCGUCCACAUUGGCCAGGCUGGCGUCCAGAUUGGUAAUGCCUGCUGGGAAUUGUACUGCCUUGAGCACGGCAUCCAGCCAGAUGGUCAGAUGCCUUCGGAUAAAACCAUUGGCGGUGGCGAUGACAGUUUUAACACCUUCUUCAGCGAAACCGGUGCCGGAAAGCACGUGCCACGAGCCGUCUUUGUUGAUUUGGAACCAACCGUCGUCGACGAGGUUCGCACUGGAACAUACCGCCAGUUGUUCCAUCCGGAGCAGUUGAUCACUGGCAAGGAAGACGCGGCUAACAACUAUGCUCGCGGUCACUAUACCAUCGGCAAAGAAAUCGUGGACAUUGUCCUGGAUAGAAUCCGCAAGCUGGCUGACAUGUGCACAGGUCUCCAAGGAUUCCUCAUCUUCCACUCCUUCGGCGGCGGCACUGGUUCAGGUUUCACUUCCCUACUGAUGGAGCGCCUGUCGGUCGACUAUGGCAAGAAAAGCAAACUUGAGUUCUCCAUCUACCCUGCCCCUCAGGUUUCAACAGCGGUGGUAGAGCCUUACAACUCGAUUCUGACAACACACACCACUUUGGAGCACUCAGACUGCGCCUUCAUGGUGGACAACGAGGCCAUCUAUGACAUCUGCCGCCGCAACCUGGACAUUGAGCGUCCCACCUAUACUAACCUGAACCGUCUGAUCGGCCAGAUAGUGUCCAGCAUCACAGCGUCGCUGCGUUUUGACGGCGCCCUCAACGUCGACCUGACUGAGUUCCAGACCAACUUGGUACCCUAUCCACGCAUCCACUUCCCACUGGCCACGUACGCACCAGUUAUUUCUGCCGAAAAGGCCUACCACGAGCAGCUGACCGUAGCCGAAAUCACAAACGCCUGUUUUGAACCGGCCAACCAGAUGGUCAAAUGCGAUCCCCGCCAGGGCAAAUACAUGGCCUGCUGCAUGCUGUACAGAGGCGACGUUGUGCCUAAGGACGUAAACGCUGCUAUCGCAACCAUCAAGACUAAGAGGUCCAUCCAGUUUGUUGAUUGGUGUCCUACCGGCUUCAAGGUGGGAAUUAACUACCAGCCCCCAACCGUGGUCCCUGGCGGUGACCUGGCCAAGGUCCAGCGCGCCGUUUGCAUGUUGAGCAACACAACUGCCAUUGCCGAGGCCUGGGCUCGUUUGGACCACAAAUUUGAUCUGAUGUACGCCAAGCGCGCCUUCGUGCACUGGUAUGUGGGCGAGGGAAUGGAAGAAGGCGAAUUCUCAGAGGCUAGAGAGGACUUGGCUGCCCUUGAGAAGGACUACGAGGAGGUCGGCGUUGACUCAGUUGAUGGAGAAGCCGACGAAGGAGACGAGUACUAGAGUUUCACUGCUGAAAGGCUCCGAGAAAGAGCACGGCAGUUCCAUUUUUAUACUCAUUUUUCAAAGUUAACAAUCCAUUGCAUGAACUUUAAUUCUACACACAAGCUUCUAAUUGUCUUUGGGUUUGUUUUGCAUUGCCAGCCACGCACGCACGUUUCAUGCAGUAAUGAUAAUGUGUCCCAUUUGCAUUUUAUUUAAAUUUUGGUGUUUUGUUUCUAAGCUUCAUGUUGCUGGACUUGCUGGUGACUUCCGAUUUGAGUGUUGUCAAAAAAAAAAAAAAAAAAAAUCAAUAA